AGAAAAGGGAUGAAGUGGUGGCCGGCGAGUAAUUCGACGGCAUACUUGGCUGCUGAACAAGCGAGGGAGGCAGAGUGGUUUUCGAAUUCCGACGAAGAAGAAGAAGAAUGUCUUCGUAUGCGGGAUUUGGGAAGGGUUCUGGACCCUCCGCACCUCCCAAAUCCCAACCCUCUUUCGGCGCAAACGACCCUUUCUCUCGCCCUCAUCCUCCUCCUCCUCCUUCUCUCCCUUCCAGGUCCACUGAGCCUUCUGCUUGGGGUGAUAGGCAGAAACUGCUCUAUAAUGAUUUGGAUACCCAUGCUCCUGAAAGGCCCUCUUCAGUCACCACAUUUAUUGCUUCACGUGAUUCCAUGUCUGGUGUUACAGCCAGAGUCUCCAGGUUUCCAAACCCAGAGAGAACAAGGUCUCCUCCUAUAUCGUAUGCGGAUGUUGUUGGUUUGAGGAACUCGAGUCAAACUUUCGUAAGAAAUCCUCCUAUAUCAUAUGCGGAUGUUGAUGAUAUGAGGAACUCAAGUCAAACUGUCCCAAGAAAUCCUCCUAUAUCAUAUGCGGAUGUUGAUGAUUUGAGGAACUCAAGUCAAACUCACGUAAGAAACCCUCCUAUAUCAUAUGCGGAUGUUGAUGAUUUGAGGAACUCAAGUCAAACUCACGUAAGAAACCCUCCUAUAUCAUAUGCGGAUGUUGUUGGUUUGAGGAACUCAAGUCAAACUGUCCUAAGAAAUCCUCCUAUAUCAUAUGCGGAUGUUGAUGAUUUGAGGAACUCAAGUCAAACUGUCCAAAGAAAUAACCGCUCAGGUUUGCUUAUUGAUGACCAUGGUCACUUACUCCCUCAAACAUCACAAUCACCUCCUUUGUUCCCUGUAAAUUAUCAACCUCCGGCACCUGUAAAUUAUCAACCUCUUCGGAAUUUUCAAGGUCCUUCAAUUUCUGUUCAGCAGCGCGCUUUAGCUCACAACACAUUGGAUAGCCAGGCUAGUCUUUCAAUCAAUCACCCUAGCUCUAAGGUCCAGCAACUCCAGUCCUCAGUCUCUCCCAAUAUUAAUUCUCAGAAUCCUCUGCCUAGUCUUACCAAAGUAUUUGACAGUCAAGGCUCAAAGAGAACUAGGUCCCCUCCUACACCAUCUAACAGCAUACAGGAGAAUUUUAAUGCUGCUCAUAAGGACUUUAGAAGGCCUUCUAUAUCUCCUCCUAGAUUGGGAAGUACCACAAAUGUUCCAAGGACAGGCCCUCAUUCUCAAACUCACCAAAAAUCUUUGCCAUCCAGUGUUUCUGAGGCCUCUGUAAGGAGGCCCAUCAGCUCCACUGCUCCUAAAAGGACAAGGUCACCUCCUCCAUCAUUUUCUGCCAACGACAAACUGGAAGGAAUCCCUAUUCCCCUGGAAGAUAACGCUGAACGCGAAAUGUUAGCUAAGGCAAAGCGUUUAGCUCGCUUCAAGGUGGAUUUAAGCAAAUAUGAAGAAAAUAAUGUUGAUGUUUCAAAUCAGACGGCUUCUGCAAAUGGACAUGAACCACCUGUGCUGAAGCAGAAAUAUGUGGGGGGGCAAAUAAUGGAUUCAGCUGGCAACUUCACCAAUAGCAAUGCUGCUUCUGAUAUUGAAGGCUUGGAAACGUCCAAUGUUAUUAUUGGCUUAUGUCCAGAUAUGUGUCCUGAGUCAGAGAGGGGAGAGCGUGAAAGGAAAGGGGAUCUUGACCAAUAUGAACGCUUGGAUGGAGAUAGAAAUAUAACCAGCAGACUCCUUGCAGUUAAGAAGUAUACUAGGACAGCAGAGAGGGAAGCCAACUUGAUCCGGCCUAUGCCCAUCCUGCAGAAGACAAUGGAUUAUCUGCUCACUUUGCUAGAUCAGCCUUAUGAUGAGAGUUUUCUUCGUGUAUACAACUUCUUGUGGGACAGGAUGAGAGCAAUUCGGAUGGACCUAAGAAUGCAACACAUUUUCAAUCAAGGGGCUAUUACUAUGCUGGAACAGAUGAUUAAACUGCACAUCAUUGCAAUGCAUGAAUUAUGUGAAUACACUAAAGGAGAGGGAUUCUCCGAGGGCUUUGAUGCUCACCUCAAUAUUGAACAGAUGAACAAAACUUCAGUUGAAUUGUUCCAGAUAUAUGAUGAUCACAGAAAGAAAGGAGUGAAUAUUCCCACAGAAAAAGAGUUUCGAGGUUAUUAUGCUCUUCUUAAAUUGGAUAAGCACCCUGGUUAUAAAGUUGAACCUGCAGAGCUUUCCCUUGAUCUUGCUAAGAUGACUCCAGAGAUAAGGCAGACACCAGAAGUCCUAUUUGCCCGUAAUGUAGCAAGAGCUUGCAGAACAGGUAAUUUUAUUGCCUUCUUUCGACUUGCAAGAAAAGCAACUUAUCUUCAAGCUUGUCUGAUGCAUGCUCACUUUGCAAAGUUGCGCACCCAGGCGCUUGCUUCUCUGCAUUCUGGUCUACAGAAUCAAGGUCUUCCUGUUGCUCAUGUUUCUAACUGGCUUGCUAUGGAGGAUGAGGGCAUAGAAGGCCUCCUAGAGUAUCAUGGGUUCUCGAUAAAAGUGUUUGAAGAACCAUACAUGGUGAAGGAAGGCCCAUUUCUCAACGUUGAUACUGACUAUCCCACCAAGUGUUCCAAACUUGUGCACAAGAAAAGGUCUGGAAGGAUAGUUGAGGAUGUUUCACGAUCAAUUCAAGCCAAAUCACUACCUGUUGAGACUAUGAAAGAGAUUCAGAUGGAGGACACAUACAAGCAUGAGCCACAAAAAAUUUCUGCUGCUGAAAAUGCUAGUUCUGUGCAGAAGCCUGAUGAGGAAAUUCAAGUCUCUGAACCCAUUUUCUCCCCAAAGUAUAUUAAACCAGGAAAGGCAUUUAAGGAAAUAUAUGGUGUUGUGGACAGUGGAAAACACAAUAUGCCUAGUACCCCUUCAUCACCUUUAAGCUUCCCCUUUCCUAAUAUUAUACCUGAACCACAACAUACUAGAAUCGACGGUUUGAAGAGUACCAAUUCUGAUUUGGUUGUGGGAGGCUCUCCAAGGAGAAAAUUGCACUGUGAUGUGGAUGCAAAGCCAUUGGAGAUUAUACCAAAAAGAACUACACCAGAAAUUCCAAUAGCUAAUAGUUUUUUUGUGCCACCUCCUGCACAGAGCGUACCCAUGGAUGAGUCUACGUUUAUCCACCAAGAACAUGAAGAUGAAAUUCCUGAAGUUAGAGAUAGUGAUCACGAUGAAGAAAUUGCUGAGGCCAGGCUGAAGUUGCUUUUAAGGUUAUGGAGGAGACGAGCAUCAAAAUUAAGGAUGUUACGGGAAGAGAGGCAAUUAGCAUCAAAUGCUGCAUUGGACUCAUUACCAUUGGGCCCUCCAAUUAGGCAUUAUAGAGAACAACCUGGUAACUUUGACAAGUUUGACAUUGAUAUAGCGAUGAGGGAGAGAUAUGAAAAACAAGAAAAAUCACAGUCAAGACUUGAUGUUUCUGAUAUGGUUGCUGGUUCACUAAGCAGAAGAAAUCCAGAUGCUAAAUGCUUGUGCUGGAAGAUUAUUCUAGGCUCUCAGAUGGAAAGUGGAAUGGAAAUGGGAGCAGCAGGCUCGUGGUUAACCUCAAAGCUCAUGCCUUCUUGUGAUGAUGAUGAUGUGGUUAUUUCAUCUCCUGGCUUGGUAAUAUGGAGGAAAUGGAUUUAUAGUCAAUCUGACAUUGAUCCUACCUGCUGCUUCUCUGUAGUUAGGGAUACAGCAUUCGGUAGUCUAGAUGAGGCAGUAUCAGGGGCUAGUGCAGUUUUGUUUCUUGUGUCUGAGAGCAUCUCGUGGAAACUUCAGAGAGUUCAUCUCCAUAAUCUUCUCAUGUCAAUUCCCUCUGGGGCUUGCUUGCCUCUACUAGUUCUGUGCAGUUCACACGAUGAAGGGUUCUCUUCUGGUAUAAUUAACGAGCUUGGCCUUCAAGACAUCGAUAGAUUUCGGGUUAGUAGCUUUAGGAUUGUUUUUCUCAGGGAAAACCAGCAGAUGGAACACUUGGGCGGGUUUUUCAGUGAUACACGACUAAGAGAGGGGCUGCACUGGCUGGCAAGUGAAUCACCCUUGCAACCUAACCUUCACAGCGUGAAUACACUACAACUUGUUCAUAGACAUAUCAAUUCCUUCUCAGGGGAACAUGACAUCUCUAAUAACUCCAAGUUGUGCCCUAAUGACUGUAUCUCAUUGUUCAAUGUAGCCUUAGACUGCUCAGUGCAGGAAAUCGCUGCUGCCGCCAAUUCAAAUCCUGCUGGUUGGCCGUGUUCAGAAAUCGGUUUGCUACACGAGUCUUGUGAUGAAGAUAGAGUAGUAAAAAAUCACUUGCCAACUUUAGGAUGGAGCUCAAAUGCGAAAACUGAACCAAUUACUUGUGCUUUGCAAAACUGCAAGCUCCCUGCUUUUGCUGAUGAUUUAUCCUGGUUGGCCGGAGGUUCUAAAGCUGGACAUGAAAUUGAGAACCAGAGGAUACAGCUUGAGAAUUACCUGAUCCAGUACAUGACUCAAACCAGUAAUAUGAUGGGACUUUCAUUGGCAACGAACGAGGCACAUGUUUUGACGCAAACCUGUGCUAGACUUGAGCUGUGUGGCUCAGGCUAUUGUAUAGUUCCACACUGGGGUAUGAUUUUUCGCCGCCUUUUCAACUGGCGAUUAAUGAGUUUAUCUAGCAGGGAAAACUCCAUGGCUUACAUCUCAGAAUGUCAUCAUCAUGAUACUCUGCCAAAUGUGGGCUUUGAAGCAUGUUUAUCUUCAUCUUAUCAUCCGAACACAUCUUUAGAUGAAAUAAUCAGUGUUAGCUGCAACUCUCCUCUUCCUGUUAAUGACCAGCCAAGGCAUGAAGAACAUCAACAUCUUCCGCAGAGGGAUUCAAAUGAUGAGAGUAGUAACACCAUGGAUGCUGAAAUAAAUCUUCAACAUCAAGAAUCGCUAAGUAUGAAAACUACUAGCACAUAUGGUUUAAACAAUGCCAACAAUGGAGCAUUAAUGAAUAGGAAACCAAGCAAAGAAGCUGAGAAAUUAAGCAAGCUAUUGGAGCAAUGUAACUUGCUGCAGGAUAGCAUAGAUAGGAAGCUGUUUCCAUACUUCUGAUGGGCACGACUAUUUUGCCUUUUUAUUGUAAUGUAUCGUCAACUGAAGCAAUAGAAAAGAUUAUUAAUCUAAUGUUUAUUACAGAAAAUUUUGUACCAUAACAGAAAAUGUACUUCUGGUUGGCUUUUAAAUUUGGACCACUGUCAAGUGUCAAUUCUAUUCCACCCUCAACUUCAA